AUGCAAAAUCAAUCUCAAUCCAUUGCCAAACUUGAGACACAAUUGGGUCAACUCUCCAAUGCCGUAGCUGAAAGAGAAAAAGGAAGAUUUCCUAGCCAACCCGUCCCAAAUCCUAAGGGCCAAUAUGAAGUAGGAGUCCCAAGUCAUAAAGAAGAAGCUAAGUCUAUUUCAACUCUUAGGUCUGGAAAACAAAUUGCCAAACCCGAUUAUACACCUCAAGUUGAAAAAGACCAAAGUGAACCUCAAAGUUCCAACACAAAUGACCUGUCAAAAGAUAAUGAUCAAAUUCUUCCUUCUAUUUCAAAAGCUCAUUUUCCACAAAGAUUACUUCCACUCAGAAAAGGCAACCAAUAUAGUGACAUCUUAGAAGUGUUCAAACAAGUAAGUAUCAACAUCCCCUUCUUAGAUGCCAUUAAACAAAUUCCUGCCUACUCCAAAUUCUUGAAAGACCUUUGCACUGUUAAAAGAAACACUAAUGUUCCAAAAAGGACAUUUUUAACUGAACAAGUUAGAUCCAUAAUUCAAUAUAAAAGCCUUGUGAAAUAUAAAGAUCCUGGUUGUCCAACAAUUUCAUGCAUUAUUGGUGAUCAUUUUAUUAACAAAGCUUUACUUGAUUUAGGAGCUAGUGUGGAUUUAUUGCCUUAUUAUGUUUAUAAGCAACUUGGUCCAGGAGAAUUAAAACCAACUUCUAUAACACUUCAAUUAGUUGAUCGUUCUGUGAAAAUUCCUAGAGGUAUUAUAGAAGAUAUUUUAAUUAAAGUGGAUAAAUUCUAUUUUCCUGUUGAUUUCAUUGUUCUUGAUACUCAACCUGUUGAAAAUGCUCAUGCUCAAAUACCCAUCAAUUUAGGUAGACCAUUUUUAGCUACAUCUAAUGCAAUUAUCAAUUGUCGUAAUGGUGUAUUGAAAUUAUCUUUUGGAAACAUGACUGUUGAAUUAAAUGUUUUUAAUGUUGCUAAAUUUGUUGAAUGUGAGGAAAUACAUGAAGUGAACAUGAUUAACACGGAAAAUAUUUUUGAAAUGGACAUGAAUGAAUCUUUUGAAACUUAUGCAAAAAUGUUUGGAAUGUGCUUAAAUGUUGAUGAUUUUAAUCAUGAUGUCAAUUCUUUGCUUGAGUCUACCCCAUUAAUGGAUAUUGAAGAGUGGAAAGCCAAAAUUGAACCAUGUAUUCCAUUAGAGCAUGUUGAGUCAACUCCUCAACCACCAAAGUUAGAUCUCAAACCUUUGCCUGACACUUUGAAAUAUGCAUUUCUAGGAGAGUCUAACACUUAUCAUGCCAUCAUUGCAUCUGAUUUAGAUGAAAAACAAGAAGCAAAGUUGUUAGAUAUCCUUAGAAAACAUAAAAAGGCCAUAGGUUGGACCAUGGGAGACAUUAAGGGAAUUAGCCCAACUGUGUGCAUGCAUAGAAUUCAUUUAGAAGAAAAUGCUAAGCCCUCCCGAGAAAGUCAAAGAAGAUUAAAUCCAAACAUGAAAGAGGUAGUAAGAGAUGAUGUAAUAAAAAUGUUAGAUGUAGGGAUCAUUUACCCUAUUUCUGACAGUCCAUGGGUUAGUCUAGUUCAAGUUGUUCCAAAAAAGUCUGGGAUCACUGUUGUUAAAAAUGAACAAAAUGAGUUAAUCCCUACUAGAGUCUAA